AUAGCUGAAGGGGGACUAAAUAAGUGAAGCUAGAAAAAAAGACAUCCCCACAGUUUUCUGAGGUGGUUAGGAAGAAGCAUUCAGUUUCUCAUUCAAAGGCAGAACACGAGGAGCUUGAUUAUGAAGGUUCAUCUCUUGAUUUUGGUUGCACUGGCCGUGUGUACCGGGGCCAGGAGAAGAGGCUCAUGUAGAGAAGCAGGGCUGUGCUGCCCCGGUAGGGACAGCAACUGUGUGGUACCUCGUAAUUCUGUCUUAUUCAACACUAUCACCUCAGAUGAACAUGGAAAGCCUUGCUACUGUGACCAUGCCUGUCUCAGAGUUGGAGACUGCUGCGAAGAUUUCCAGGAAUAUUGCGAAGCCCGUAAUUGUGAGGUGUCUGGAUGGGGCCCCUGGUCCGAAUGUAAUACUGAUUGUGGGACCGGGGUCAUGACAAGGGAGCGUCAUGUGAUUCGUCCCGCCGCCAAUGGAGGUGAGAUAUGCCCUGAACUUUCCCAGAAGAGAAGCUGCUACGGUACUCGUUGCGAGGAAAAUAUUCAUGUCAAAGCGAACAGAGAAACUGCUAUGAUACUUUCUGCAACGUAUUCUACGAUCAGGCAUUUGAAUGAAAGCAAAGAUAUUCGCAAUAAUCUGCGAAUAAAAUACAGAAAAGACCCUGAAGUAGAAAAAAGUAAAGAGUAUUGCAUUGUCUUCGAGGUAACAAAAGUGAAGAAACAUUGUGAAAGCCUUGGCAACGAACUUUCUCCCAAACUGGAGAAAGGUUCUAAAGUUUGCGUAGUGUGCGAAACAGCAGCUAUGAGAAAGCAUUUAGGGUAUCGUUGUCAAGGGCAUGGUGUUGAUCACAAGACAACAAGAUUUACAUUUUUAGCAUUUCCUCAAUGCCAUGGGAGAUGGAAAAGAUUAGAAAUGACAGAUAAAUGCACGUGCAAUGAAAAUGGAGAUGCAGAUUUCAUAUUUGUAUAGGAAUUACUAUACCUUAUAAAUUGCUAUACUUUAAGAACAUGCAUUAUCAAAAUGAAAUUUUUUUCUGUAUACAUGGAACACAUAACUUCAUUUACCUAUAUUUUUUUAAGCGAACAUUUGAAGUUUAAUAAUUGUAUUUGUAGAAUAUUGCCUUUUCUGACAAUAAAAUAUUUUUGGACAAAUU